UCAUAGGCUAAAGGAUCCAGAGGAUGUAUUUUGUGGUAGUAGCUGUAAGCGUGACUUUUGACUGGGUUUCAAGAAUGUUUCUGUUCAUAAGGAUAUUGUAACUUUUAAAAAUUCAAAGUGCCGUUCAAUAUUUUAGUUGUUUGGUAACCAAUGAGACAUUUCUUCAUUCAAAUGCAGCUGGUGUGUGACGUAAAGGAGCUUUUAUAACAGUAGAAAUGUCUGUCAGAGCCUUUCAGACGGUCUACAGAAUUGUUUGGGGACGGCAUUUAUUAACUGCUGGACAUCAGAGCUGCAGCUGCAGGUGGAGACACUAUGACUUUCGUCAAGAUGAUGUCAAAUCGGUGCGAACCGUGGUCAACCCUGAUGUAUCCAAGAUCAGGAACAUUGGAAUCAUGGCUCACAUUGAUGCGGGGAAGACCACCACCACAGAGAGGAUGCUUUAUUACUCUGGUUAUACAAGAGCGUUAGGAGAUGUAGACGACGGUGACACCGUCACAGAUUUUAUGGCACAAGAAAGAGAACGCGGCAUCACCAUCCAAUCAGCAGCCGUCACGUUUGAUUGGAAGAACCAUCGGAUAAACCUCAUAGACACCCCAGGACAUGUUGACUUCACACUGGAGGUGGAGCGGGCGCUUCGUGUUCUUGACGGCGCAGUCGCCGUGUUGGAUGCAUCUGCCGGCGUUGAGGCUCAAACUCUGACUGUGUGGAGGCAGGCAGAGAAGCACCACGUUCCCUGUGUUUGUUUCCUGAAUAAGAUGGACAAACCUGCAGCUGACCUGAAUUUUUCCCUUGAGAGCAUAAGACUGAAACUGAAAGCCAACCCCGUCCUCCUUCAGAUUCCCAUUGGCAGUGGUAGGAACUUCACUGGUGUGGUCGACCUUUUGACCAAUCAGAAGCUGGUGUGGCAGCCGUCUCCUGGAGAGGACGGGCGAGUUUUUGAAAGCAAAGUUCUCACUGAGGUUGAUGAUCAGGAGCUCCUGCAAGCAGUUAGUGAAGCCAGGGCAGCUCUGGUUGAGCAGGUAGCUGAUCUGGACGAUGAGUUCGCGGAGCUGCUGCUGACGACGUUUAGUGACAACUUUGAUUCUGUUCCUUCCAUAAAACUGCAGGAGGCCGUGAGGAGGGUGACGCUGACCCGUAAAGGUGUCCCAGUGCUGUGUGGGAGCUCUCUGAGAAACAAAGGUGUGCAGCCUCUUUUAGACGCCAUCACCGCGUACCUGCCUGCUCCCAACGAACGCCACCAUGACUUGGUGCGGUGGUACAAAGACGACUUGUGUGCGUUGGCCUUCAAGGUUCUCCACGACAAACUGCGCGGCCCUCUGGUUUUCCUCCGGAUCUACUCCGGUACUCUGAAGCCACAAACGGCCGUCUACAACAUCAACAGAAACAGCACUGAGAGGAUGAGCAGACUGCUGGUACCGUUUGCUGAUGAGCACGUAGAAAUCCCCUCCAUGGGUGCAGGGAACAUCGCCCUGACCGUAGGACUGAAGCAGACGAUCACAGGAGACACCAUCGUUUCGUCCAAGGCCUCGGCAGCAGCUGCAGCGCGCCGCGCCCGGAACGACAGCGGGACGGAGAAGAAUCGAGAACAGGCAAACAUCGUCCUCUCUGGAGUGGAAGUCCCUGAUCCGGUUUUCUUCUGCACUAUAGAACCGCCCACUUUGGCCAAACAGGCAGAUCUCGAGAACGCCCUCAGCUGCCUCCAGAGGGAAGACCCCAGUCUGAAAGUCCGAGUCGACCCUGACUCUGGUCAGACCAUCCUGUGUGGGAUGGGUGAGCUGCACAUCGAGAUCCUCCACGACCGAAUCAGAAGAGAGUACGGCAUCGAGACUCACCUCGGGCCGCUGCAGGUGGCCUACAGAGAGACGAUUCUGCACGAGGCGUCGGCUGCAGACACGCUGGACCGGACUGUGGGGGAAAGACGGAACAUUGUGACUGUGCAGCUGACCGUCAGACCUGCAGACUCAUGUGAAGUCACCUUUACAGAAGAUCUAAACGCCCAGCUGAUGCUGGAAACGAAAGAGGCUGUAGAGAACGGAGUGCAAAGCUCAUACCUCCAGGGCCCCCUGAUGGGUUGUCCUGUACAGGGCGUGUCCACUCUGAUCAGCAAGGUUGCCAUGGAACCAGGAACAUCUGCUGCCAUGGUGUCUGCCUGCGUGUCACGCUGCAUGUUGAAGGCUCUGAAGCUGGCAGGAGGACAGGUCCUUGAGCCCGUCAUGUCACUGGAGGUCACUCUCAACGAGGAGCACCUCAGCUUUGUGUUGGGGGACUUGGCCCAAAGACGAGGGAGCGUCACAGACAUCCAGAGUCGUCAUGACAACAAGGUGCUGCUGGCUACGGUGCCUCUAGCCGAGAUGAUGGGCUAUUCCACCGCGCUGCGGACCGUGACCUCUGGCUGCGCGACGUUCUCACUGGAGUUGGACGCCUACGAAGCAAUGAACCCUCAGGACCAGAACAUGCUGCUGAAGAAAAUGGGUGGUCUGCUGUGACCUCAAAAACAGACUCUGCAAAAAUAAUCAGCCUCCUGAUGUCUGUGAUUAAAAAGCACAUUCCCGUACGGUCGCCUUGGACAAAAACCACUGAUGCAGUUAAAAUGUCA